AUGGACAAACCGUUCUCUCCCCCGAUCUUUCGUCCUCGCCGAUCGGACGACUGGCAUGAAUAUCGCGAAACUAUUGAGCAGCUCUACCGCAAUGAUCAGCUGAAACUGCGCGAUGUCAAACGCAUCAUGGAGCGCGAUUACAAAUUCUAUGCCUCAGAAAAACAAUACAAAGAUCGUCUGGCGGCAUGGCAUGUCCGGAAGAAUAUCAAGGCCAAAGAGGUCCACAUCAUGCUUCGCAAGCAACAGAAACGCGCCGCCCAGGGGAAGCAGACUGCUUUCCGGGUGAAUGGACAAAACGUCGACCCUAAACGUAUCGCUCGUUUUGUUCGUCGCUACGGUACAUCGUGGGAUACGAACCAAAAGGAAGCGGAAACAGAGCCUCAAAGCCCUGAACCUCAAACCCCCUCGGACAUGACCUGCUACACGCCCGAACCAGCAGAAGAAUCAAGCGCCACAACACCCAUCUCCCCACUGCCGGACAUGCAUUCACCAAGAGAGAUGCCCCCAUUCCCACUCGGCUCAUACGGUAAUUCAAGCUCGGACUCCAGGGUGAGCGUCAUACCGAAUGAUAUUGAUUGCCGGUAUCUAUCUCUAGACCCAAACCACCUCGAAUCCCUCCCAGACCUGAUCAUAGACGACGAUCCUGCCAUGCCACUGACCAUGCCCCGACACGGGCACACCCACGCCACGUCUCACAGCCAGAGCCACCAUGGCCAUGGUCACGGCCAAAGCCAUGCCCAGAGCCACGCCCCAACUCACGCCUUUUACCACAACGCUGGCGUUGGCAUCGGCUCCUCUAUCGGCGUGGCUGUUUCGUCUCCUGCACCUGUGACUGGUUCCGCUUCCGUAUCCGCUUCUAGGGAUUUGGAGGAUGCGCCUGGUGAGGAGGAUGUUCAUCCGCCUGAUUGGAAUACUAUUGAGUCAUUCCAGACUCGGUUGCAGGGUCUUGAUUAUACGCUUACGCAGACUAUGUCGAAGUGGGCUAGGGAGGGGGAUCCUAAUCAGGAGAUUCCUCAUCAUGAGGGGUUGGGGAUGUGA